AUAAUAUAAGAACAGUGAAAUUAAAUGGACCCCCAUGUCCACGGACAAACUUCUCUCAACUUCAUCCAUGAACAAUGAUCAUCAUUGAUGUGUGAAGCUUGGGAAAAAUCUUUCUUCCUUCUUUUUGGGGCACUUUCUUUAAUUUCUCGGUUCUCACUCCCUCAACCAAAUCUAUCUCUAAAUCUCAAAAAUCUUUCUCUUCUAUUUAUGAAGCCCACCAUCCAUGUUUCCACUGCUACAUUCCUAAAUAAUCUGCCUUCUAGGUCCCUGAGUUUUUUUUUUCAUAUCCUGAUGCUGUAGAUCUAAUCCCACUUCCAUUUUGGUAACUCUCUCUUCAUUGUUGCUGUUUGAAAGAGUUUUGACUUUUGAUACCAUUUUUCCUUUUCUGUGACAAAUCUUAUGCCUAAAACAAUCUGUGUAAUUUAGUGCUAGAUGUGUUGAAUAGCGAAGACCCAUUUCUCAAAUCAUUGAAAUUCAGCUACUAUACCGUCAAUUCCACUCAAAUUUUGGCAAUUCGCUUUGUGGGUUGUCAUCUAUCUAUCUCUAUGUGCCAUUUCUGACUUCUGUCAGCACUUUAGGGUUUCAAAAAGGAAAAAACCGUACCUUCCUCCGUUGCAAAUGGAUUUCUCCGGCGGCAACGUGGUACAAAUAAUCACCGGAAGUGGCCCGGACAGCUGGUCCGGUGGCGACCACGCGAUGUGGGCCACGGAGGAGGAUUACCGAGCGUGGAGCAACAACAACAGCAACGGAGACGACACGCCGUCGACGAACUCGAACUACGAUCAGAGGCAGUCCCAGAGUCGCUCCGGAAGCGAGCCACCCAGCAAGAAGUCUAGGAAUUCCCAGGACGUGACGUCGUCGAAUCGGUCCAAAGCCAUCGGAAAAAUGUUCUUCAAGACCAAGCUUUGUUGCAAGUUCCGCGCAGGCACGUGCCCGUACAUAACAAACUGUAACUUCGCUCACAGCAUUGAAGAGCUCCGCCGGCCGCCACCGAACUGGCAGGAGAUCGUGGCAGCGCACGAGGAUGAGAGGACGGAGCCGAGGGAGGAGUAUCAGAUUCCGUCGUUGGGGUCUUCUGGUUAUGUGGGGGAGACCCAGAGGUCGUAUAAGGGAAGGCAUUGCAAGAAGUUUUACACGGAGGAGGGGUGUCCUUAUGGGGACAACUGCACGUUUCUUCACGACGAGCAAUCUAAGAAUAGGGAGAGUGUGGCGAUCAGCUUGGGCCCUGGUGGGUACGGUGGUGGUGGUGGUGGUGGUGGUGGAGGUAGUGGUGGAAGUGGCGGUGGCAGUGUCAGUGCUGGGGGUGCCGGGGGGAGUGUGGGCGGGGCGCAGAAUGUGAAGCCGUCUAAUUGGAAAACUAGGAUUUGCAACAAGUGGGAGUUGACGGGGUAUUGCCCUUUUGGGAGUAAAUGCCAUUUUGCGCAUGGUGCGGCAGAAUUACACCGAUAUGGUGGUGGGCUUAUGGAGGGGGAAACUAGAGAUUCUUCUUCUGCUCCUCCUGACUCAAAGCUGGGAGGAGUACCUUCAAAAACUCCGGCAGAUAUUCUGGUAGCACCAAUCACUUCAGUUCCUCAUUCUGAUGUUUAUCAUAUUGGAGUUCCAUCGCAACGGUCAUCUAUUGUAAUUCAGAGGCCAGGGAGAACUCAUCAGAAAUGGAAGGGUCCAGACAAAAUCAGUAGGAUAUAUGGUGACUGGAUUGAUGACAUUGAAUAGAAAUUGGAAUUCCUUGCCUGCAAUUCUUGAAGAUGGUCAGUAAGAAAUCAUUCUUGACCAUGGAGUACUUUAAUCUCCCUAGGGAGGACACGAUGACACGAUGGCAACAUGUAGCUUCAGCUUUUGGGUUAAAGAACUCUUGUACCUUUGCUUCAAGUUUCAGUAGAAGCCUUGUCUUUGGGAGCCUGAGCCCCAUCAUUUCAUUUUUCAGGUUUGGAAAAUUGAAGCUUGUAUUACUUUUGUAGGUUUUUACCUUAUAUACUUUCUAGAUGGCCCUUUUCAUCCUUAAGAAAUGACACUGAUCUUUGUACCGCAUUGUUACAUUUACAAGUUGAGUUCUUAGCCUCGGUUAUAUCC